GUCAGCUUAUAACACUGGUUCUGCAACAGCUGCAACAGCUUCUGCAAGCUUCUUAUCCUCUCAAAACAAUCACAAUCGAGCUUUCACGCUUCACACCCACAAUGUCCACACAAUUCAUCUCCAUGCUUACGCCUCCGGGCAGCGUCUUGAACGCGUAUGACCCGGAGAUCCUGCCCGCCGACCAACCCGACACUAUCCCAGACACAUUCAAAGAAGCCAUGGAAGUCCGACACGAGGUAUUUGUCAAGGAACAAAAUGUGCCCGCCGAGAACGAAGUCGAUGUCGAUGACCCCCGCUCUUUCCACUGGGUGGUAUACGCAUCCGUGGCCAACACUGGCGAAGGUGGCAGCGCUGCCAACGACUACCGCAGACCCCGCAACGCCGCUGGCAAUGUCGGAACUCCUGUUGGCACUGUCCGGCUCGUGCCUCCGCCUCACCCGCCCCACCCGCAACCCCUCAGCCACCACAAGAUUGACAAUGCUGAAGGUCUUGCGCCAGUUGAAGGCCAAGAGGCCCACGAGAAGAGCAGCACAAAGUUCCACGACGGCAAAGAACCCUACGUCAAGCUCGGCCGUCUGGCUACGCUUGCUCCCUACCGCGGCCUCGGUCUCGGUCGACUCCUCGUCAACGCAGCACUAGAAUGGGCAAAGGGUCAUCCGCAGGAAAUCGUUCCCCCGCUCAGCCCGAUGGCUCGCGAAGCGCUCAAGGUGGAAGGCGGCGAGCCUGCUGAAGACACUUGGCGAGGUCUCGUACUCGUGCAUGCUCAAGAGAGCGUGCAGCACAUGUGGGAGAAGCUCGGGUUCGAGCGAGACGAGUCAAUGGGAACAUGGGACGAAGAGGGCAUCAUCCACGUUGGCAUGUGGAAGAGACUGGACGUUCCUGAGACCGUCUGAUUGGGACGAACCUGUCUAAGACUCCAUGUCAAACACUGAUCUCACGUUUGUCAAAUCCGCCUUUGCCAAUGGGGCUGCGACCAGUUCAAGAAUAUUGC